ACAACGAGAAUAUUAAUCACUAAAAUAUUAACAAUAAAAUACCAUAAUUAAACAAUGUAAUUUUUUUUGAGAAAUAAUUAAACAGUGUAAUUGAUAGCAAAGGUAGUGCUAUCUCUUUUAAUACUCCAUAUACUAGUAUAUAGAUUUUGCAAUAUCCAUUAAAACAUAUGCAAAAAAGGAAAAAAAGAAGUAAAAUUUGAUGAUAAAAGGAAACACUGGAGAAGAAAAAGAAAAAGAAGGGCUUUAGUGAGGGUUUAAGCACACACUCGAAAUCAAAUUUUGCUGCAUAGCUUCUCUCCUCAAACUCAUCCGCCAUGAGAAGAGCUUCGUCCAAGCUUCUCUCUCAUAUCCGGAAACCGCAUCCCAGAACACCACUUUCUCUCUCUACGAAAGAUUUCACUGCCCCCUCCGACCUCUCUCUCAAUUGCCCACCAAAACCCCACCUUAAAUCCUGCUCCGCCUCUCAAUCUUCACUCUUCUCUACCUCCAGUUCCAAUUCCAAUCGGUUUCAAACUACCUCACCUCAGAAUCUCAACUCGCUCGACCUCGUAGACCCAGUUGCCCAGGAUGCAUCGCAGAUGUCGUCACGGCAGAGGAGAAUCAAGCAAAAAUCAGAGCUCGAGGAGGCGUUCGAGUCCGCGGAAUCGGUUGACGAAAUGCUCGCAGCAUUUAAGGAGAUGGAGGCGUGCUUUGACGAGAAGGAUUUAGCCUUGGCCUGCUUGAAAAUCGGUCUGAAACUCGACCGCGAAGGUAAUGAUCCGGAAAAGGCUAUGUCUUUCGCUCAAAGGGCUUUGAGAAUUUUCGAUGAGAAUGAGGGUGAUUCCAGUAAGAAAAUGUCGUUGCCAAUUGCGAUGACAUUGCAUUUAUUGGGCUCUUCUAGUUUUGGUUUGAAAAGGUUCAGUGAGAGUUUGGGCUAUUUGAGUAGGGCUAAUAGGGUUUUGAGUAAGGUAGAGGGGGAGAGUUCUUACAAUGCUGAUCAAGUUUUGCCUAUUUUGCACGCGGUCCGGUAUGAAUUGUUUAAUGUUAAGACGGCGAUGGGGAGGAGGGAGGAGGCCAUUCUUGAUCUGAGGAAAGCUUUGGAGAUUAAGGAGAGGAUUUUUGAUGAGGAUAGUAAGGAGCUUGGUAAUGCCAAUAGGGAUGUUGCAGAGGCCUAUGUUGCUGUUCUGAAUUUCAAAGAGGCGCUGCCGUUUUGUUUGAAGGCUGUGAAGAUUCACAAGGCGCAUUUGGGUAAUAACUCGGUGGAGGUAGCUCAUGACAGGAGGGUUCUUGGAGUUAUCUACACUGGGCUAGAAGAGCAUGAUAAAGCAUUGGAACAGAAUCAGUUGUCGCGAAAAGUGUUAAAGAAAUGGGGCCGUAGUGCUGAUUUGCUUCGUGCAGAGAUUGAUGCUGCUAAUAUGCAGAUUGCUUUAGGGAGAUAUGAGGAAGCUAUCAAUACCUUGAAGGGCGUUGUGCAACAAACUGAGAAAGAGAGUGAGGAACGUGCAAUGGUGUUUACUUCCAUGGCCAAAGCUCUGUGUAAUCAGGAGAAGUUUGUGGAUGCAAAGAAAUGUCUGGUGAUUGCUUGUGGAAUUCUUGAAAAGAAAGAGAGAAGCUCUCCUCUUGUUGUUGUGGAAGUGUAUAUGGAGAUCACAGCACAAUACGAGACAAUGAAUGAAUUUGAAACUGCAAUAUCAUUGUUGAAGAAGGCGCUGGAGAUGUUAGAGAAGCUGCCUCAGGAGCAGCACUCUGUGGGAAGUGUUUCUGCGAGGAUUGGUUGGCUGCUCCUGUUAACGGGGAAGGUGGAAGAAGCGAUCCAGUAUUUGGAAGAUGCUGCAGAAAGGUUGAAAGAGAGUUUUGGAUCGAAGCACUUUAGCGUAGGUUAUGUUUAUAACAACUUGGGGGCAGCGUACAUGGAAUUGGAUAGGCCGCAGUCGGCUGCCCAGAUUUUCGCAUAUGCAAAAGAGAUCAUGGAUGUCUCCCUUGGGCCACAUCAUGCCGAUUCAAUAGAAGCAUGUCAAAAUCUUUCAAAAGCAUAUGCGGCUAUGGGAAGCUAUCCGCUAGCUCUGAACUUUCAGGAGAAAGUAGUUGAAGGUUGGGAGGGACACGGGCCAAGUGCCGAAGACGAACUGAAAGAAGCUGUUCAAGUACUGGAGCAGUUAAAGGUGAAAACUAGUACUUUCGUCUCUGAAACUUUAUUGAGUGCAAUGCCUCCGCCAGAUGAGGAUGGAGAUGGCUCUGUGGAGAAUUCACAUUCGGCUAGUUCGGCUACGAAGAGGUAACACUAUGGAGCAAAUUUUUUGUUACACAAUGAAGGUGUAGGAGCAGCUCUGAUGUGCACCUCUUUCGUCUCAAGACAGGCACACUAUCACUGUUCAUUCUACUGUAUAUUGUUAAUUAAUGUUUUAAAGAGAACAGAUCCCAUUACGCUUUCUUCUUUUGAUGAUUGGUCUUGAUGUUAUGGUCUGCACGAUUUCGUGUGUUGUUUAUGAUUAAGCAAUCAUUCGAUAUGCUGCUAUUUCUCUUCA